AUGAUCGGGAAGCAAAAGAACCCCGACGAGAACCCCACAGAGAAGAAUGACGCGGCGGAAACGACCGUUGGCGUCGAUGAUGGCGCUGAAAAAAUGAGCGAGGAAGAGGCGCUGCUCGCCAAAGCCUAUGACGAGGACGCGAAGCGCGCCGAGGAAGAGCUCGUGGCCGCAGCCAUCGCCUCUUAUAAAGAGGCCCAGCCUGGCGCAUACACCGACGAGGUCGAGGCGACGAUCGCCACUUGCCAGGCGGACGCCUGCAUCGAGGGGAGAGCGUUCGAUAUCGUCGACCGAGAACUCGAGGCCAGUAAGAUCAUCGCGUUGCUUCCUUACUGGUUCAGGGCGUGUGAGACGGGGAGCGCUGCGGCCUGCUCGAUGAUCGGGCGAACCUACCUGAACGUGUCUCUCUCGCUCGAUGAGGAUCCUCGUCGGGGGAUCUUUGGCGACCUCGCCGACGAGGAGUUCGAUUCACACCACAUCGCGUUCGUUCAACGCGCCUGUGCGAUCGACGAGUCACGUCUGCAUUGCGGCGCAUGGGCAGAUCACUAUAUCGGCGAGGAUGUCCGCGCCGAGGAUUGGCUCGCGUUCGCCGUGGCACACCUCGAGCAGCGGUGUGAGGCAAAGGAAAAGGACGCGUGCAGAUCGCUCGGCUACCACAUCGUCGAGGAGAACAUCGAUCGCGACCUCUCCGAGGCGCGUGCGUACUACAAGAAGAGCUGCGAACUUCGCGAUGAGAAGAUGGGGAGCGUGUGCAUGCGUUACGCCGAGAUGCUGUAUCAGGGCGUCGGCGGCGAUCCUGAUGUCGAGGGCGCCAUGGAGUACUUCGUGCCCACUUGCACGCCUGACAGUGAAUACUGGAAGAAGAGCUGCGAGGGUGAUCCCGCGACCGGUGAGGAGGUCUGCGGGGUACCGAUCUCGCUCGAAGCGGUCGAUGCCUGCAUCGCGGUCGCGCAGGUGAUUUCGGAGAAGGAAGGCGUGAACUCGAUUGCUGCCGCGCGGAUCAACGCGGCGAUGUGUCGACGCAACUUCUUCGAAGAGCAGCAGAUAAAAAUCCUGGGGGCAUGCGAGGCCGCGAUAGCUGCCUACACCGAGCAAGGGGAUACGCAGGCGGUGAGCGGCGUGGCGAAGCGCUACUGCGGCUCGAUAAGCUCGAGCUGCAUGAUGAAUGGCGAGGAGCACGAGACCUGCAAGAUGCCUCCCGAUGAGUGUCGGGCGAAGUAUGGCCUGAGCGAGUAA